UACAUAUUUCCUCUAUAACAAAAUCUUAAUUCUGAAUUAAAGUUUUUCAUAAAGAACAAUUUAAGCUACUUCUCUUGCAAAAAAAAAUAGGAACAGUUACACGUUCAAGAACAGAAUUUGCCUUUGUAGCCCCAUCUGACAGGAAAUGAUUUGCAAAGUUAACCAACCGAAAUCAAGUGAAUGUGUCUUUUACAGUAAGCAGGGAAAAUAAAGGCAACAUUAAAGAUCUGCAGGAUUUUGUCAUGUUUCUGAUAAAACAGCUGAAACCCGCAAUGAAUCCUGUUGUCCGAACACUUCGGAAUGACUCUGAUAUUCAACAGAAAUGCCUGAUGUCAACAAUUCUGGUGCUUAUCCUUGCUGCGAUAAUGUCUUCAUCUAUGUCAGCUGUCUCUCUGUACCACAUCAUGACUUUAAAAGCAGAAGUUGCUAGUUUAAAGACAGAGGUUUUCAAAAAGCGAGAAGAGCAAAUAUGUUCACUAUCCUGCCAUGACACAGAAACAACCCAGCUGCCCAGCAACAACCAGCAGAAACUGAAUUAUUUAAAUGAUGAAGCAGUACCCCAGCCUAGUAUGGAUAAGUCUAAGACUCAACAACGUCGACACAGACUAAGGCGACAUAGUGUUGAUAAUGUGAUCAGUAAAACAGUGUUUCAGCCCUGUUUACAAAUGAUUGCUGAUGAUAAAAGAAGCACCUUCCAAAAAGAUCAAUAUACAGCUAUCCCUUGGCUCCCGGGCCUCAAAAGGGGAACAGCUCUGGAAGAAAAAAACAACACGAUAAAUGUCAAAGAAGCAGGAUACUUUUUUGUCUACAGUCAGGUUUACUAUAAGGACAAAAUCUUUGCCAUGGGACAUAUAAUUAUCAGGAAAAAAGAACAUAUUGUUGGGGAUGAACUCCAAAAUGUGACUUUAUUCCGGUGCAUCCAAAAUAUGGACCCUAUUUAUCCAUUCAAUACUUGUUAUACUGCGGGGAUUGUGAAACUGGAAGAAGGUGAUAGCAUUGAGCUCCUCAUACCCCGACGUACAGCAAAUGUCUCCCUGGAUGGAGAUUCCACAUUCUUUGGUGCAAUCAAACUUGUGUGAGGUACGCUUGCAUGGUUCGAAAGCUGUUGCUUCCAUUUUUGAAAAUACCUUUGAGGAGAUAUUUGCAGUUCUGGUUUUGGAGAUGUAUUUUGGGGAGGUUGUGUCAGCUCAGCUUGUUGUUAAACCAACGGGAAACAAAGUGAAUGCUUUAACACUUCUGCCGUGUGAUAUACAGUAUCACAAGAAAACUUAAAAAAAAGAAACUGGGAUAGUGCCACCAACUUUGCAAAGAUUAAAAAGGAUGUUCUUCUCUACAAAGCCCAAAAAUUGUGUUUUGUUAAGUAGGGCAGAAUCUAUCUAAAAGAAAAAUGAGUGUCCAAAUGUAAAAAUAAUGCUGACUACAGAAUAUUUGUAUAAUACACAUGCUGUACAAAUUUGUAAAACAUAGCUUUACAUGGAUGCCAUAAAUACAACAGGGACUGUGUUUUAAAUAACAAUAAUAUGGGAAUCUUUUAAACAACUGAGUGAGUUCAUGUGAUACCUAGGGAAUAAGUAUUUUUAAAUAUCUUAUAUUUAUAACUGAUAUUAGGUCAGUUUUACUGUAUUUGUUAGUGUAAAUACAUAUUUCCCUAGAAACAGUAUGAAAAUUGUGAUUUUGUUUAUCAAUGAGUCCUCAACCACAAUAUAAAUGUCGUAAGGAAUGUAGGAAAAUAUUGUUUUAGAUUUAACAUAUGAUCUAUCUUAAAUGAUUUAACUCCUUCCCCUCUUUUUUAUCACAAAUGCUGUUUCUUUAGUUACUGCAUCUGUCCCGUUACUGUCAGGCAAUUCCACAUUAAACACCUCAAACCAAGUGCAUCUUAGGACAGGCAGUGGGAAAGAUGUUGCCUAGUCUAACCCCAUUUCAGUCUCUCGAAGUACUUAACAAGGCAGGUUUCAUGAACUGCCUAACUGACAUGAAUGAGGCUGAGCUUAACCAUCUGUUUUAUUUAAAAAAAACUCCUCAGGAUGUGACUUUGUGGCUUUUUACAUUGUUUCACUUUCUCUGAGUGGUCUUUUGUUACUUAGGAAAAUAGAAACUAAGUCAGUAAAGGCCUCUUUCUUGGAAUUUAGUACUUAUUUUUUUAUGUUGUUGCCAAGUGAAAUAAAUUCUGCCUGAAGACCAAUGUGCUGUUGACUUUCAUGUGCAGCCUGCAUCUUACAGCAGUUAUUUCCCUCGAUUUUAAAAGUGAUAUACAGUAUCUUCCUAAUAAAGCACCAAACAGGUAUUUGUUCAUUAUAUUAUGUUAUGUGAGAUUCCAUAAAAGCACGUGAAUAGCAUUCCAUUAUGGUAAAUAUUUAAUCAAUUGUUGUUGUAAGGACCUAGGUAAUUAAGCUUAAGUAUUACAUGCAGUUACAUACAUUUCCAGAAGAUGGCUCCUAUGGCCUAAAAAUGCCCACACAGUAUUUCAGUAUAUGAUUUUGUGUAACCAAUAAAACUAAGAUGUACAUCUUUUGAUUGUUCUUUUUGAUACAUCAAUAUUAAAUAAAUCAGAGUUUUACUCAAA